AUGUUUCAACCCGAUGAGGUGAUUUCUCUCCCUCAUCUACCUCGGGUUGAUAAAAGAUGGAGCUCUUUAUUACGAGCAUUCAAUAUUCAUGGAACGUCAAUUUCUGGUGUGAGGAAAGUAAAUUUCUCUGCAGAUGCUAAGCUGGCAGCUGUGAUCUACCAUGAUGAGAUGGAGAUCUGGGAUGUGGAAUCUGAAACAUCUCGUCACCACUUUUGGAAUCACGUCGUUAGUCAGUUCAUGGAAUUCUCACCUGACAAUAGCAAGCUGGCAGCGUCCAUCUCAUAUUAUUGGGAUGAGGAUGGUAAUGAUACAGGUCAUGCGGUUCAAUUAUGGGAUACAUCCACAGGCAUCCUAGAGUAUGAGCUCGAAGGUCUGCCGAUGAACAAUCAGGUAUUUUUCUCACCAAAUGGCAUGCUACUAGCCUCGAUCAGUUUACAUGGCUAUAACUUGUGGGAUGUGACAUCAGGCUCCCUCCUACAUUCUUUUAGAUCUGUGAACAUUGGAGACCAUCAUGAAAGAGAAUUUUCAAAUCUUCUUUCUUUUUCCUCCAACAAUGAACUGAUAGCCUAUUCCUCAGGCAACCAAGUAUUUUACAUCGACGCAAUCUCAGGAAAUCCCAAAUUUACCCUCUUGGGUCACACCCAGGAGGUCUGUGAUGUUGCCUUCUCUCAUGCUGGAAAGCUCAUCGCAUCAGCAUCUCAAGACGAAAUAAUCAAUUUGUGGAAUUCCAGCACAGGGAUUCUGCAGCACACAUUCAAAUAUUCUGAUGAACAUACCGAGUCGAAUGAAAAUGCUAUCCACAAUAAACACAGCCCGAAUGAAAAGGCUAUCCACAGUCUCGCAUUCUCACCAAAUGAUAGCAUUGUAGCCUCAAGCUCCGGGGUCACGGUGAAAGUUUGGGACACAAUAGAAGGCAACCUGCAAUAUACCUUAUCAAUGGUGGAAUCAAAUGCUAGAGCUGUGGCCUUCUCACCCGACGGGAGGCUGUCAGCGGUACAACUAUAG